AUGUCGAGUUGGCUAGUACGGACUCUGGAGCUCAACAUAUAUGCCAUUCAGCUUACAAAGCUUAUGAGUGAAAGCUCGCUUCGGUCUUGGGAAGGUUAUCUAUUUCUUGGUCCGCUACUUGACGCUGUUCGUCAUACUUCCUAUUUCUUCCUUAUGUUUCAAGCAAAAUGUCUAUCGUGGAUACGAUUUCAUUGGGUAGCUGGUGUUGUUAUAAGUUUCCUAGCAGAAGGUAUAAGUGCAUAUACAAUGCGCAAAGAACAAGGACAUGGCAUGGAAGCGUCGGCAGUAAAUGAGAUGGUCAAAGAUUCAGUACUAUAUUUUUGCACUUCAGAAGAAACGCGAAAAGCUGCUUCAAGUUUUACUGGACAGGCACAGAAGAUCGCUGUUGUUGAGCACGAUAUUGAGUUGGAGAACAUGGGAUUUUGA